AAAUAAAGAAAAACAAAUAAUCUCAAUAGCUAGAAGCAACGUAAAAGCCGGCAUAUUUGUGAAAUUUUAUCAUUGUGAAAUAGUCAAGUCUAUCUAAUUGCGUUAGUCACUCAAGUACUUCAGUUAGAUUUAUUGCAUUAUGGUGGUUAGACCUUAUACCGAAGAGUUAAAAUAUUUAGAAAAAAUCAGCGACUGUUGUUGGCGCAUCAAAAAGGGCUUUCAGCCCAAUAUGAAUGUGGAAGGAUGCUUUUACGUGAACGAACGGCUGGAACGUUUGAUGCUGGAGGAGUUAAAAAAUUCUUGCCGACCCGGUGCUGUAGGUGGCUUCUUGCCAGGUGUCAAACAGAUUGCGAACGUGGCAGCAUUACCUGGUAUUGUGGGACGAUCAAUCGGUCUACCUGAUAUCCAUUCCGGUUACGGUUUUGCUAUUGGGAACAUGGCUGCCUUUGACAUGGAUGAUCCGCUCUCUGUGGUAAGUCCCGGCGGUGUUGGUUUUGAUAUUAACUGUGGCGUACGCUUGUUAAGAACCAAUCUGUAUGAGAAAGAUGUACAACCUGUCAAAGAACAAUUAGCCCAGUCAUUAUUCGACCAUAUACCAGUAGGUGUCGGUUCCAAAGGCAUAAUUCCCAUGAAUGCUCACGACUUGGAAGAAGCUCUAGAAAUGGGUAUGGAUUGGUCAUUAAGAGAAGGUUAUGUUUGGUCGGAGGACAAAGAGCACUGCGAAGAAUAUGGCCGUAUGCUGAAUGCAGAUCCAUCUAAAGUAAGCUUGAGAGCUAAAAAGAGAGGUCUUCCACAGUUGGGGACUUUGGGAGCAGGCAAUCAUUAUGCCGAAAUUCAAGUAGUAGAUGAAAUUUUUGAUAAAUGGAGCGCUUCCAAAAUGGGUAUUGAAGAGAAAGGCCAAGUUGUGGUAAUGAUACAUUCGGGAAGUCGAGGUUUUGGACAUCAGGUUGCGACUGAUGCAUUGGUGCAAAUGGAAAAAGCUAUGAAACGGGAUAAAAUUGAAACUAACGACCGACAGUUGGCUUGUGCCCGCAUCAACUCAAACGAGGGCCAAGAUUAUUUGAAAGCAAUGUCUGCUGCCGCAAAUUUCGCCUGGGUUAACCGAAGCUCUAUGACCUUUUUAACUCGGCAAGCAUUUGCCAAAAUGUUUCGAACCACACCUGACGACCUGGAUAUGCAUGUCAUAUACGAUGUCUCGCAUAACAUUGCUAAAAUAGAAAAUCAUAUGGUAGAUGGUAAGGAAAAGAAAUUGCUGGUCCAUCGCAAAGGUUCCACACGAGCAUUUCCUCCACAUCAUCCUUUGAUACCAGUAGAUUAUCAGCUUACUGGACAGCCUGUUUUGGUAGGGGGCACAAUGGGAACUUGCUCCUACGUUUUAACUGGUACAGAAAAAGGCAUGCAAGAAACAUUUGGCUCUACAUGUCACGGAGCGGGUCGUGCGUUGUCGCGUGCCAAAUCGCGACGAAACCUCGAUUAUAAAGACGUUUUAGAACGAUUGGAAGAAAUGGGAAUAGCAAUACGUGUCGCUUCACCUAAACUCGUUAUGGAAGAGGCACCCGAGUCCUAUAAAGAUGUAACAGAUGUUGUAAAUACUUGUCAUGCGGCCGGUAUCAGUAAAAAAUGCAUUAAACUACGACCAAUCGCCGUCAUAAAAGGGUAGAAUGCUCAAAUAUGUACGCAUGUGUAUGGCUUACAUAGGAAGUUUUUCGCCUAUAAAAAUUAAGGAAGAAACGCUUAUUUAUUAAUUGGAAAUUUUAAUAAAAGUCGGUAUU